AUGAAGUUUCUACAACAAAAUUCCCUCACACAAACGUCAAUGUCUCAGCCAGACGAGAAUAUCUCCCCGCCACUUCGUCACCCAUAUCUUACUGGCAACUUUGCUCCAAUCCAUCAAAAAACAAAUCUCACUCCAUGCACAUAUAGUGGAUGCAUACCGCCAGAGCUGACUGGUGGUCAGUACGUUCGCAAUGGCGGCAAUCCCGUCAGCCACCAAGACCUUGGCAAAGAUGCCCAUUGGUUUGACGGCGAUGGUAUGCUCUCUGGCAUCGCGUUCCGAAAGACAUCUUCGGAUGAGAAGAUUAUACCAGAAUUUGUCAAUCAGUACAUCUUGACAGAUUUGUACUUAUCCAGAAAGACGACCUCUGUUGUGUCGCCGAUAAUGCCAAGCAUCACGACGCUGGUGAACCCGCUAUCGACCAUGUUUCAGAUCAUGUUGGCGACCUUCAGGACGAUAUUCCUGGUCAUUCUCUCGAACUUACCUGGAUCACAACAAGCCAUCAAGCGCAUCAGUGUUGCCAAUACUGCUGUCCUAUAUCACGAUGGGAGGGCUUUGGCGACAUGCGAAAGUGGGCCUCCUAUGCGGAUACAGCUUCCUUCCCUGGAUACUGUCGGCUGGUUCGACGGUGUCCGAGCUGAGGGAGAGGCCAAGACAUCUUCAGCCAACAAUAGCGACUCUUCGUUCGGUGGGAGCGGGCUGUUCAGCUUCAUGAAGGAAUGGACAACAGGGCAUCCCAAAGUCGACCCCAUUACUGGAGAGAUGCUUCUGUAUCAUAACACUUUUAUGCCCCCAUACGUGCACUACUCAGUACUUCCGAAGAGCAACGCAAAGAAUCUCGGGCACAGACUUGUGAAUCAGCCAGUCUUUGGAGUUUCUGGUGCUCGGAUGAUGCACGACUUUGGAGCGUCUCGAAGUCAUACCAUCAUCAUGGAUCUUCCUCUGAGCCUCGAUCCUCUCAACACGAUGAAAGGGAAAGAGGUUGUAGCAUACGAUCCGACGAAGCCUUCACGGUUUGGCGUGUUCCCGCGGCAUCAACCAUCCAGUGUGCGGUGGUUUCAUACAGCGCCAUGCUGUAUCUUCCAUACUGCAAAUACAUGGGAUUCUCAGUCCAGUGAGGGGGGAAGCCCUGUUAAUCUCCUUGCAUGCCGGAUGACUUCCUCUACGCUAGUAUAUACAGCAGGGAAUGUUCGGCCACCAGUGAGGCUUAAGUCUACUCGAGCACGGGACUGGUCAGAUGACAAGAAGGAAAAGGCCUGCAGCUACAAAGAGGCCCCUGCUCUCGAGUCACCCGGGGAAGCAACUGGUCUGACCGAUUACUUCCCCACUGCAGAGUCCGACGACUACGACCAAUGCCGGCUGUACUAUUACGAAUUUGACAUGGCGACAAGGUCCCAGAACAAAGUCAAAAGCCAGUGGGCUCUUUCGGCCAUACCAUUCGAGUUUCCUUCCGUUCGGCCAGAUCGCGAGAUGCAAGAAGCUCGCUAUAUCUACGGCUGCAGCACAUCAACUUCCUGUUUUGGCGUUGCUCUCGGACGAGCUGAUAAGGUAGAUCUUCUUGUCAAGGUGGAUGCCAAGACCCUCAUCCAACGAGGGAAGAAGAUAAACACAACACCUGUCACUGGGUGCGUCGAUAGACGGUCAGUCAGCGAGAUCCUUGAAGAACAAAAGAAGGAUGAUCCUAUAAACAUAUUCCGACUCCCGCCGAACCACUACGCUCAAGAACCGCGGUUUGUUCCUCGAGAUUCCUCAACUGCGGAGGACGAUGGGUAUCUGCUGUUUUAUGUCUUUGACGAGUCUCAGCUCCUGCCCUCGGGUGAUUGCCCUCCAUCUGCGAUCUCCGAGCUUUGGAUCCUCGAUGCUAAGAACAUGCGUGAUGUGGUGGCCAAGGUAAAGCUGCCGCAAAGAGUACCGUAUGGGUUACACGGAACGUGGUUCUCCAGGAUGGAUAUUAAAGGUCAACGAGCUGUGGAGUCUUUGAGGAGUUUGGAUGAAGUGCAGAGGAAGAAGGAGGAAUGGGUUAAUAGCGGAGGACAAGUACGAAAGGUAUGGAUGGUGUUGAGAGGAAAAUUGGAGAGAGCAGUCGGAUAA